AUGAAUUGCCCUCGAGUACUGCUCACGGGUGCAAAUGGAUUUAUCGGAGCCCACGUCCUCGACGUCCUCCUGAAAAACGGUGCAUUUGUGCAGGCGAUAGUUCGUGGCCCUGAGAAGGCAGCUAGACUUCGCAAGGACUUCUCUGCAUUCGAAAAGACAAGGUUGGACUUUUCAAUUGUCCCCGACAUAACAGUUGAAGGCUGCUUUGACAAGUGCAUGCAGGAAUGCCAACCUCUUGACGCAGUCGUCCACACUGCGGCGCCUUUGGCUCCCACUGAGUUCUCCAAAUCUCUCGGGCCUAUGCUGCAAGGAACGCUUGAGAUUCUGCGAUCAGUGUCACGCCAUGCGCCGACUGUCAAGCGUGUGGUAAUUACAGGAAGCUUCUCGUCGAUUGGUAAUGUACUCGACAUACAAAAUGGUGGCAUUGUCUAUUCGUCUGACAGCUGGAACCCAAUUACGAUGGAACAAGCAAAAUUCAGUCAUGGAGAAGUGGCUUACUGGGCGGGCAAGACAAUCGCCGAAAAAGCAGCAUGGGAGUUCGUUCAGAACGAAAAGCCCCCGUUCGAACUCGUCGUCCUGUGUCCGACAGCGGUGUACGGCCCUCUGCGGCACAGCAUCGAUUCAAUCAAAGACUUGAAUUCAUCUAACAAUCAUUUGUACGAGAAUUUCUUCGCCUCCUCGAAAGAACUGCCAGUUCCCGAAGACUAUGUUCAAUCAUCCGUUGAUGUUCGAGAUCUUGCUACUGCGCAUUACCAGGCAUGCUUUGCCCCGAGCGUCGGCAACAGACGCUACCUUGUGACUGCGGGAGAAAAUCUCAAUCAAGAGAUUUCUGAUAUUAUGAGAGAAGCAUUCCCUGACCGCGACAGGAACAUUCCACUGGGCAAUCCGGGGAACCAUACUUUGGGGCCAGAAAUGUUUCGUACAGACAACGCUUUGUCAAAAGAGGUAUUAGGAGUGAGCUACCGCCCAUUUCGGGAGACUCUCGUAGAUGUAUGUCGCUAUUUCCUUGAAAUGGAAGCGCAGGAUUCUUCUGCGUGAAUGUUUUCUCGAAGAGGGCAAUUUCAGUUUGAAAUUGGGAGAAGGGAAACUUGGUCAUGCCCACCGCCUUGUGACAAGCAUUUACCUAUCUCUAAG